AUGAAGUACCUUGCUGCAUAUAUGCUUCUCAAGUUGGGUGGAGCGGAGGAGGUUACUGCUGAUGACAUACGAAAAGUUGUCAGUGCUGCCGGCGCCGAGGUCGACGACGAUCGAGUCGCUGCGCUACUCCAAGCGGUUAACGGACGAUCCAUCGACGAACUCGUCACUGAGGGCCGCUCUAAAAUGGAGUCGGUUGCAGGGGUUGCUGUUGCGGCAGCGUCGGCAGCACCUGCGGCAGCCGCUGCUGGAGGCGGUGACAGCGGCGCUGCGGCAGCGUCAGCCGACAAAGGCGCAGCGAAAGAGGAACCCAAAGAGGAAAGCGACGAGGACCUUGGCUUUGGUUUGUUCGAUUAA